AUGUCCGAAAGACGAUUGAUGGAGUGUUCUGCACAAUGUCGCGUUCAACUUUCCUAUCCUGUCCUACGGCCUGCACAGUAUAAUGGUUCAUGGUUCGUGAUAGCGAGAAAGGCGCCGUCGUCGCGCUCAUUCCUUCCGGCAAAUGUGAACUCGUCCAUGAUUCGACUACAGGUGGACGGUGAGGAGAGGCUGAAUAUGACUGAGUAUCAUUCAAUAAACGGAACCUGCAUGCCUCCACUAUACGGCGUUUGGACAAAGAAAGGAUUAGGCUACUUCAUGGAAUUGCGCACAGAAAAUGGCCAUUUAUUUUCGAUGGGUUUGCGUGGUAUUUACCAUGACUACUCUGGUGAGCAGAAUGAAGAAAUGAACAUGGUUAUCUAUGGAUGCUCGCAGGAUGAUGGCUACGCUGUUCAAAUCUGCAAAAACUCAUCGAAGAUGCCGCCUGUAUCGACAUAUUGCAGUUCAAGACACUUGACACGUACA